CUGACAUAGCGCCGUUCGAUUUGCGCUUCCCCUCCUCUCUCCCCAGACUUCGCAGACCACCCGCACUCGACACUGCUGCACAAACACCCAAAACCCACCGUCAUAGUGCGGCCUCUGGCCCGUAUUCCUUUUUGUUCCGUCCAUCUCCAUUUAAUUUUCUCUUCUCGGAUUUAGCUUUGCAGUUAUAUUUUACAUCAUGCAUCGGACGUAUUCCAUGCGCCAUACGAGGGCGCCUACAGCUUCCCAGAUCGAAAACCCCCCUCCUCCGAUUUCGUCGACAAAGACUAGCAGGAUCUUUGGAGGCGGAAGCCUAGGCCAUGCCUUCCGAAAAUCUGCAGCCGGAGCCUUCGGGCCCGAUCUCGCCAAAAAGCUCUCUCAGCUUGUCAAAAUGGAGAAAAACGUAAUGAGGAGCUUGGAACUUGUUGGUAGAGAGCGGAUGGAAGUGGCGCAACAACUGUCAAUCUGGGGCGAAGGUUGCGACGACGACGUUUCGGAUGUAACGGAUAAACUGGGGGUCUUGAUAUAUGAAAUUGGCGAGCUAGAAGACCAGUUCGUUGACCGAUAUGACCAAUACCGCGUCACCAUCAAGAGCAUUCGCAAUAUCGAGGCAUCAGUUCAGCCGAGCAGAGACAGAAAGCAAAAGAUUACCGACCAGAUCGCACAGCUAAAAUAUAAGGAUCCUAAUUCUCCCCGUCUGGUAGUCUUGGAGCAGGAAUUGGUCAGAGCAGAAGCAGAAUCCCUCGUCGCUGAAGCACAGCUUUCAAACAUCACCCGCGAGAAGGUCAAGUCCGCCUUCGCCUACCAAUUCGAUUCUCUUCGGGAACAUUCUGAGAAGCUAGCCAUUAUUGCUGGUUAUGGAAAACACCUUCUCGAAUUAAUCGACGAUACCCCUGUCACGCCCGGCGAGACACGGCCUGCCUAUGAUGGUUAUGAAGCUAGCAAGGCAAUUAUUCAGGAUUGUGAAGAAGCAUUGACCAACUGGGUUUCCUCGAGUGCAGCCGUCACCUCCAAGCUGUCCACCCGAUCGCAGACGCUGUCCCAGAAGCGUCGAAGCAACAUUGCUCGAAGUCGAGAAGGGGUUGAUCUAGCAGGUCAAGAUCAGCCGAUGAGGGGCGAUAGAGACUCUUGGAUACCGGCGCAGGAGCAUCCCGGGUAUACUCAGUCUCACGGCGAAGAGGAGUUUGAGGAGGAGGCAAACGGUACCGCUGAAAUUGAUGGUCGAGCGGAAGCAAGGAUUGCAGAAUGAAAAUGGCGAUAGUAAAACCGUCAAGAGUCCCCCGACAACGCGUCUGUCUCCGCAACUUUCCUUGACUACCGGCCUCAAAUACCCCUCAAAGCACUCACACAUUGCAACAGUUUUGCGUCCUAGGUUGUGCAUGGAACUUCUUAAUGAUGCUGCUUGUCGAAGCUGAUCUUUACUGAGUCGUCCGGACCAUGCCACACGUGUGUGUAUACGGCCCUUGAUUGUCUUCGCCUUUUCGUUCGCCGUGCUUUUCUUAACCUUCCUCAUAUCAUAAUAUGAUAUUACCACUAUCAUGACGCUGCAUAAUUUUUUUUUUCUUUUUUUCUUUUUCAUUCAUCAUUAAUUUUUGAAAUUCUAUCCAUGAUUUUCAGUUUAUGCGGGUAAAGGAUGGCGCGAGGAUAUCACAGAAAAUGAUUAUUAUCAUCACGGAUAGGUGUUUGGGGGAGAGGAAUGAAUGUCUUGUCUUCUGUGGAGUGGCAUCGGGUUUAUGGAGUAUCAAGAAGAGCACAUAUUGGUUGCACGAAAGCGAAAGAAAAAAAAAAAAAGCGCCAUCUGUGUCGACUCCUUGCUUGUUGCUCAUUCAUUUCAAUGUUGAAUCUUUCUUUUUUAGGGAUUAAUUCCUGGCAAGUGGCUCCCUUUUCAAGCUGCAAGGCAUCAUUCUCUUUCUUGCUCUUGUAAGAUAGACAUAAUAUUAUUACCCAGCUUAUUUCUGCCUC